GACAAGCUUGUGGAAUCAGGUGUUCCGAUCUCCAAGAUAGGGGUCGGUGGUAUGUCAAUGGGUGGCUGCUUGGCGUUGCAUGUUGCCUAUGGCAUGGGACGUUAUGCAGGAAGGCUGGGCAUGGUAGCCAGUUUGAGCACCUUUUUGCCCAAAGACAGCUGCCUGGACGAAGCAGCUCGUCGCUUCGCUUCCUCGCCGCCGCUCUUCAUGGCACACGGCCAAGCGGACGGCAUGAUUCGGCUGGAAUGGGCGCGGGCCACUCACAGGCGUCUUCUCGCUGCAGGCAUCACGAGCAAGGAACUCCUGGAAUUUCCGAAUGUGCAGCACGAGUUGUGUUCCGAGGAGGUCGGACUGCUGAGGAACUUCGUGCUGGAGCACCUGAGCAAGACAUGA